AUGCCAUCGCCUCCCUCGGUGUGUUGUCACGAGGAAUGGCCGCGCGCUAAGACCUUCGGAAUCAUUCGUCUUCCUGCAACGUUCUGUGUGUCUCUGCCGGUGACACGUGAACGUCCGGCGCCGUUCCACGUGGGAGACUGGAGGGCGCCGCGGGUGUCUCUGUUCUGCCUUAACGACUCGGAUACUGGCCCGACCUCGCACCCCGAAGGCCAGGAGCUGGGUCCCCUCAACUCCGCCCUUCCUGUGGUCAGGUUCGAGUGCACGGGCCGACAGGGGUACUUCGGCGACAUGGACUUCGGGUGCAGCGUCUUCCACUACUGCACGGACUCCGGCGAGAGGUUCUCCUUCAAGUGUAAUCCUGGCUUGAAGUUUAACGAGGAGACGACGUCGUGUAGUGCUGGCUUCUUCGGCGACUGCACCCACCCAGAGGUCCAGGGUUCGGCCGGACGCAACCUGACGAACGAAGUGGCACCAGUCGAAAGCUUCCAGAACGUCCCUAUCUUCCAGAAGAUCAAAGACACGCAACAAGACGACCCGAGGGACUACCCGGAGCCCUUCAUCCAGCAUUAUGACCCCGCCCUCGACCUCGAUUACGAUUAUGAGUAUUAUGACUCUGAUGUCGUCGAUGCCGAGCCGUCGGCCUCCAACCUGGAGCAGCGAAACAGCCAGAUCAAGCGCUCGCCGGCAACGACGUGGGGCAACAGCAUGACCUCGGCAUUGUCUGCUGUGGCUUCCCUCGCCAACAUUCCGUUUGACAAUCCCUCCAGUGCUACAGACAACGGUUUGAAGCGCAUCGAAUCGAAGCAUGAGCCCGUUGAUCGAGCGUUUAUUGCUCGCCCUCCACGCAGAAGGCCGCCCCCUCAAAGAAAGGCCAGUGGCAGCAACGGCUUCUUCCAGAUUCCCUUCUUCCAGGGUGCUCCCAAGAAGAGCAUUGGUCCAGCAGUUAAUCAUAUCCCUGGACAUCGCCAAAACUUCAUCCAGUUUCAUCGACCUGUUCAGCAACAUCCAAGACCUAAUAUCAACCAUCGUCCAGAGAAGUUCAACCCAAAUCCUGCUCAUCAUCAGCCUGUGGAUGUAUUUGAGCAGGACGAUCCUUUCCUGCACCACGAAGAAUCUGUUCGUCAGACAACACCUGACACCUUCAGGCCUUCCUCUCUUAUAACUGACGACCCAGAUGACUUCCAGCCUGUCACUCCUGCAUCCAAGCCGCCUUCCACGGCAGCCCGGGAAUCCAAUUUCGUUCGCCCUCAUCGUGAAGCAAACCACCAGACAAGGCCAGGAGGAUCUACAAGCUUCCAGUCAUUUUCGCCAACGGGCCAAACUUUUAGUCAUGCUGGAACUCUCCCACUCCAAGAGCCGUUUGCCGUACCACAGGCGUCUCCCCGUCCACAGGGUAGCAGCUUCCUGCCAACUCCUAAAUUCCCUAGCUCUGGUAACUUUGUCUUUAACCAACCUCCCAUACACCCUGGAAUCUUUAAUCGGCCAUUGUCUCCUGUUACACCUCCUCCUGGUUCUGUAUUUAGCCGUCCACCAACACCCCAACAACAUGUGCAAAAUGUCGGCCGUCCAUUUGUUCACCAUCAGCAACCACAAGUAUUCAAUCAUCCACCAACAGUCAACCAGCAGCCGCAGACAUUUGCCCGACCACCUGUCUCACCAGUGCACGGGCAAAGCUUCAGUCUUCAUAAUAACCCACAGUCUUUUGUGCGUCCCACAUUCCCACCUCACUUGCCACCAGCUAUCACUCACACAACUCAACCCCAACAUGAUCAGAUAUUCAUUCAUUCCACAUCUCCCUCUCCUCUUCCUCCUCGUCCUCCUCCUACUCCUCAUCGUAUUCAUAAUUUUGGUCAACCAGUCAUUACUCAUGAGGAAACUAGCUUCAAUCAACCAACAGGUGGCCUUCACUUUGCCCAGCCUCCUAACCCACACGAAAAUGUUCAUACAUUCAGUAGUUCAACUUUACCACCGUUCAGGUCACCGACGCUGUCACAGCAGGAACGACCAACACUCUCAGAGCAUCCAGUUCAACCUGCCUUUGUUCACCCUGAACUACAUGAAGCAGUAACACCUGCUACAAUAUUGUCUAGUACACCAAGUUUUGUCCACCCAGAAAAUCACUUUGCACCACAGGGAGUCUUCCAUUCACCUCAGCAGUUUGUACCUGAAGAAGAAUUUGUUUCACCUGCUAUCCCAACUUCCAUUCCAGCUAUUCAUUCAAUUCCAGGUGUGCCAUCAGCACCUGGAACUUUCGCCUUUUCAAAAGAGAUUCUUAAGGAAUCAGAUCAACCUGCUGGCCAGAUACAACAUGUAGAACCGGCAACAGAAGCACCACUCCCUGAACAAAGACCAGCAACUCGACGGCGACCUAUUGCAAGCAGACGCCCAGGGGAAGUAGUAAGAAGACGUCCGGGUGCUUCUCAGAGUGCACGUGAUGCAGCAAGGAUAAGGAUAAGAGGCAGAACGACGACUCCCACGCCAACUACAGUUGCUCCACUUAUAACUGGGUUAGAAAAUUCACAGUUCCACAACCAGUUCAUACCAGAAGAUGGAGGCUGGCCAAACAAUCUGCGCUUACAUCAUGAACUGGAGGGAGUGACAAAUACAGAAUUUGAGCCAGAAGAAGAUCACAGACUGGACAAUACUGGAUUUGGAGCCACAAGUCAGAAUAAUGCCCCUAGUCAAGACUAUGAUGAACACAGAGGUAUUCCAAAGGAAAUUAAUGAAGUAGUUGAAGGCCCUAAAGAUUAUGUAUAUAAUGUAGAAGACAGAGUUCCUGAGUAUGUGGACUACCAGGAUUACGAUAAUCUUCCAACAACAACAGCAACAACAACAACCACUUCUACUACUACUACUACUACUACCACUACUACCCCAGCCCCACAAACAACACCAAGAUUCCGCGGGCCUUUGCUUCGCCGUCGCCCAGGCAUCAGAGAACGUCUGCGUACCCGGACGACAACACCAAGGCCGACUACUGAAGCCCCAGACGAGGAUUAUGUUAAUUCCCCAGAAGUCACAGAUCCUCCCACUCAAGAGAGAACAACAACUCUCAGCCCAUUCAGACAAAGAAUAAGGGACAGACUGAAACGUCUUCGAAGUCGACCCAACAGCAACACCGAAACCACUACACCUCUAACCACCGAGAAUGAGGAGAAUAUUGUGACCUCCCCUGCACCUCCUCCAAGAGUCACAAGAAGACGUUUUGAUCCUGAAAGAUAUCAAAGAUUUAGAGAGAUGAUCAGGAAAAGAAACAAAAAUAGAAUAAAAGAGAUCAAUAAUAAGAGUGAAGAAGGUUCAAAUUCAGAUAAUGAGGAUAAUGUAGGAGCCACUGAGAGUCCAAAUACUGAUUUUGAAGUUACAAGGCCUUCUGUACAGGAUCGACGGAUCAAUAGAUUUAGAACGGCAACUGUAGAAUCAACAGAGGAAAAUGUUCUCCUUGUUAGGGAAAUCACAGGAUCAGAUUUAGAGACUCAGGAGACCAGCCAGGAUGUAGUGAAGGAAGAAUUCCCACCAGAAGGAAAUCAAGCCAGUGGAGACCCCACAUACGACGAUAAUGCUGAAGAAACAGACAACUCUGCCUAUGAGGAUUAUUCUGCUGAGCCAGAGCAACUGGAGGAGACAAGACCUGUUGAAUCUCCUGAUGAUGAUGGAAUGUCUGAUAAUGAAGGCACUGAGAGGAAAAUAACAAAUCCAAAUUUUAGAGCUCGUUUUCGGGAGUUUCUGAAAAACAGAAGGAACAGAGUUAGUGCACGAUAUAGUACAACACCAUCUCCUGAAGGUGAAGAAGAGAGAGAUGUAAGACCACCAGAGGAAGAUGAAGGACAUGUUGAUUUCAAUCAUCAGUCUCAAGAAAGCCAAGGGAGGUCAUUUUCAAGUAGGAGCUCCAUUGAAGACAUACCAGAAAAGACAAGCAUGAGUAUUAAAGAGAAAUUAGAAGAAAUUAACAGGAAUCGUCAAGAGGCUCGAGCUAAAUCUCUUGCAAACAGGGAGCACCUUCGAGGGGAGAGACUGAGUCGUAGAAUUCCAAUUCGGCCUGGAAGCACGAAUAAGCUAUCAGGUCCUCAGAAAGAUGCGACAACUAGUGACUCUACACCUACACCUGAAAGUCUAGCAGGUUUCCAAUCAGUUGAAAUCACACAAGAUAAAACCAGUGAAAUCUUUGUUGAAGACAAUGCUCAUGAGGAGUCAUCUGAGGUGCCAUCUGCCAGACCUCUUGUUCAGGUUCGACCAAAUGAAAACAGAUUUAUACCAUCCAUUGGCAAACCACUAACAGUGUUCAAAUCACAAGAAGUGCCAGAAGUGGAUGAACCCGUGAUUAUUACAGCUCCACCUCCUAUUGAAGACGGUGAUGUUGUAAUGUCAGUUAGAGUUUCUGCCAAUCUGGGUGGAUCACCAAGUAAAAGCAGUAUUGAGGCGACUCUUGCUGCAGACUCUGAUGUAACUUACUCAUCCGAGCAGGUUGAGCAGCAGUCAGAGGAUGAGGAUGAGGAUCUAAGCCUGGCCCAGUCUAAGAUUCAGGAGGUGACUUUUGAGCAGUCAGACGAAAAAUCACUCGGGAUUCAGGCAGAUCAUUCUUUGGAAUCGGAACAGGAAGCAUCAACUAGUACAACAUCAGUACCAGAUUACAUAACGUCGAUUCCCUUAACAACCACUUCCUCAGCAGCCCCAGAAUACAGAACAACAGGACCCUCAACCACCACUUCUUCAGCAUUACCUUCACUUAUACCAUUGGCAUCGACGCCGUCUCUGCCCAGGCCAUCGGAGGAAGAGGAAAGCGACUCCGACAGCCUGUCCAAGCCAUCCGUGCCGAGGGUUUCGAAGCCAACGUUCCAGCUGCGUCCGGCGGGGCACAAGAGGGAGGACGACCACGUGGCCAUCUCUGCGUCAGACUACAGCGGGGAGGACACCGUGGUCACGCCUGUGCCCUUCUUCACCAUCACCAUGUCCACGGAUGAGCCCAUGUUGCCCCUCGAGAGGUUAAUGCCCUUCUUCGGGAGACAGUGAGAACUGUUCCUUUAGUAUUUAUAUUGUAAUAUUACGUAUCAAGUAAGACAAGAGAAGGUGUGUUUGUGUGUGUGUGUGAGCGAGCGAAUAGAACGUGAAUGAUAACAGUAAGGAAAAUUAAUAUCUUCCAUACACAUAUACUGUGUGUGUUUUAGUUUUGGCGUGUAUGUACACGCUCUCGUGCACAUGUACCCUUGUGUGGUUAGGGUUCAACAGGCGCUUCCAUUUUUUGACAAGAUUGUUAUUUUACUCAGAUAUUUUGUACAUAUUUUUCUAUAAACCUAGAGAUUACCCAAAUAAUUUACAUGUGUUGCUAUUACUGUCUUCAGCAUAAAGGGAAAAAUUGAACUCAAGCACCUACAUCUAUACGUUUAGAUCCCCCCCCCCUAAAAGUCUACCAUAUGUUUUUCUCUCUGAACAUGUAUAGUACUAUGUAAAUGAUGUGAUAUAACAAAUUCCAGAAUAAUCCUAAGAAACAAAGUUUUACCGGGUGUGGAAAAGUUCACCUAGAUUUAAAACUAGAGUUCUUUAAUCUGAUCAUUCUCUGUGCAAAUAAUAUGUGCCUUUUUUGUAUAUACAAACCGUUGACCAGUAUAUUUAUCUUCUAUAUUUAUUUUUUGUGCUGUGGUCAAACUGUACAAAUAAAUGUAC